GAUAUACAAAAAACGUGGCUUUUUUGACUAGCGUGCUACGUCCUUACAGAUGGCAGCUGUUAUUCAAGACCCUUCUCGCCAGAUUACGAAACCGGAACUAGUAUUCAAAAUCGAUGGACUCUCUUGUGGUGUAAAUGACGCGAUCUUUAUCCCUGGUAGAGACUCCAUCGUUACAGGAUCAGAGGAUCGCACUUUGAGGAUAUGGGUCAGGAGAGACACUGGGAAGUUCUGGCCAACAGUUAUUGAGUUGUUACCCAGUCCCGUUACGUGUAUCACGUAUUCUGCCGAAUCACACAGGUUAUUCGUCGGUUUGGAGAAUGGGACGGUUGUAGAAUAUGACGUUGCUGAAGAUUUGAAUCAUAUUGAACACAAAAGAGACUAUCUCUCCCAUACUGCUAGAAUAACUGGGAUCGUCUGCACUCCAGAUAUGGGUUGGGUUGUAUCUGCUUCAAAAGAUCGUACUGUCGCAUGGUAUUCGACCAAUAGUGGUAGACGUAUAUGUGAACAUAUUUUAGAGCACUCAGCCAUGUGUUUGGAAUAUGAUGUUGGCUCACACUACGUGUUUGUUGGUGAUAGCAGCGGUCGCAUUACUUUACUGAGCAUUAAUCAAGUCAAUGGUCAAGUAAUGUGUCGUGUAAUUCGUGAACUCCGUGGCCAUGAGCAGUCAGUAUCCUUUCUGGCUUGGGAUAGUAUAAAUUCCCGUCUAUUUUCUUGUAGCGCCGACCAUUCUGUUAUUUUCUGGGAUAUUGGCGGAGCUAAAGGUUCAUCUUUUGAGUUGCAAGGACAUUCCAAAGAAGUGUCGUCAAUAUGUUGGUGGAGUACGGGUGCUUCUUCUGCAAAUGUCAAGGACAGUAAGUACAAAGGACUACUUAUAUCCGGUGGUCUUGAUGGGUAUCUGAUUUUCUGGUUUAUGGACCCUUCACGCAUAGAAAGUCCUAACUGGUCAGAAUCAGAUGUCUGUCAUAUCUGUAGCGGGCCAUUUUUCUGGAAUGUCCGCAAAAUGUGGAACAACAUGUCGGUUGGUGUGCGUCAGCAUCACUGUCGUCGAUGUGGCCAUGCUGUUUGUGACAAAUGUUCUCCUUAUCGAUCUAAUCUACCGUGCAUGGGUUUUGAAAAAGAUGUUCGUAUAUGCAGUCAAUGCUUUCCUCUAAUAACUGAUUCAGACCGUAGAAGUUUGGCUAUUUCGUUUGAUGCUCGUCAUCCUGUUACAUGUAUUCGCGUAGAGGAAUCCUUGAAUUUACUUCUAACGGUUGGGAAAGAUCGGAUUAUCAAGGUGUGGGAUAUCAAAGCUUUUUCAUCAAAUCCACAUUCAUAAACUGUAUACCCUACAAAUACUCUUUUAUGUGAUUUAUUUGAUAGGAUUAUUUUCCACCUUUCAUGGUGCAUACACCAGUGAUUUUGAAACACUUUAUUCUUCCUUAUGUUCUACGACACAUUUGAUUUUGAAAAUAUGUUUUAUUUGAAAUUAUCUAAAAAUGAUCUCAUAAUUUUGAAUAAGAUAUAUAGGCAUAAACUCUAUAAUAUAUUUACGUUUCCUCAUGAAUUUACUGUACAUAUCAAAAGUAUUUUAGUGUCUUUCUAAUGUAGUGUAAGAUGAUGCUGUAUGUAAAAUCCUUGCUUACUAAUAUUAAAGCUAACUUACCACAUAUUAUUCAGAAGUUAGUCUUAUUUAGUUUCGUUAGUUCGAUAUUGAUAGACAGGAAAAGCUAAAACUCUGCACUAGUUGAGUUUGCCAUAGUUGAAAACGGUAGCCUCCUUGUCUCGGGGCCAAACUAUGUCAUAUUAUUCACCUAACUAGAAUAUAAUGCCUGCGGGGUGGAAAAUAGUUCGUAAGAAAUAUAAGUUACAGACACGUCCUUUGAAUAAUACUGAAGGCCACGGUAGUACACAGUCAACAGGGUAAAGUACAAUUCAGUUAGUCAACUAUCUACAACGCAGGACCAGGCACAUAUAUAUAUGCAUCAGUAAAAGUUGCCACAUCUCAUUAGCACAACAAGAUGAUCACCAAAUUCACAGAAGCAGUUACUCCAAUGAUAGUAAUAUAUAAAAAAAAGAUCGUGUAUAAGGAUAUAUACAAUACAGGAAGAAAGAAUUAGUUCGUAGAAAGAAAGGUAUAGAGUAAUUUUAAUUUUCAAGCCAUUAUGUUGCAAAAUCUCUCGGACAUCAACCAUAGAGUCGUGAAGAACUAAUUGAUCCCAGUCCUGUACAGACAUGUAGGGGCUUCAAGGUGCUAGCUGUAGUUUGCGCAAGGUUAAAGUAGACAGUCACCGUUGCCUGACUUGAGCAAACAAGUUCCCUCUGGGCAACCAAAUGACUCUGAUCUGUGCUCAGAUGCCAGAUCUGCACAUUCAAACCUCCAGCUAGCAUUGCAGUGUCUGUUGAACGCGUUUUCUAGAGACCAAUCAGUUGGUAGUAGAAUCCACCCUUGAUUGGAUCCGAGCUACAACCUGUCCAAAUGUAGGAAUCGUUUCCCACCGAUCCCGUCUCACUUUGACGAAGCUUUCUAAUCAAGAAGCACAAAAUUGGGGAUCCGACCAAAUGUUGUUGCUUCAGCUCUGGUACUUAGUGAGACAUGAAUGUCAGAAUGACCAUAGGAAGAUAUCACACGGUUUUUGGAUAAAAGCAUAUAACACAAGUUUUCCGAAUCAACAGAUGGGAGUGAAUGAGUAGGAGUUCAAUAAGCUUUUGGGCACGGGUCCAAUAGAUAACAGAACUGGAUUUUAAGAUAAGACUUCCUUAAGACAACGAACUCUGUCUAUUAUCCGACCUAGAUUAGCGAGCGAACGGUCAAGCAGGCCAGUUCGCGUGGUGCACGUGGUUUCCUAAAGGCUGGUACAGAAUUCGUGUUUGGUGGUAGAAUUUAACUUUCAACCCGUCAGUUACUUCAGAUCGUUUAAACAGGACAGGCCUUCCGCCAUUGGCGAGCUGCUGUAUGAGUUGAGAAAUAAAAGAAUACACUAAAUGAGAAUAAAAGUGAGUAGAAAAAUGACGCAAUCUCAGGUAAGAACGAGUGUUACAGAAUAAUUGUAAAUAUAAUUUGCGAGAGUAAUUUCCGCGGUCAUACUGAUUUGAUUGUUAUGUGAGCUAGCAUACCGCCCGUUGGCCCAGACCAAAGCAGGACGUUAAUGUUAGUUACUUUGGUUGUUAUUCACAUAUACACAAGCUACUUGACCAUUUCAGAUGCCACGCCACCAGGAUCGAGUCUAAUUAGUCUGUAUGGCACCAACCAGUACGGUUUCUGAAAAACUAAUCAUCAUAUUGUUACUGUUUCCAUUAUAUUGCCAAAGCGGGAUUUAGUCGACCAUAACAUAGAGCUUGGCACGAAUAUGGAUUGUCCAAGGUUGCCAUACUAUGGCCGCACAAAGAAAUGGAAGUGAAUAAACGAACAGCAAUAGAAUCGACAUAUUGUAGUAGCAAUAGUAACGAGGAAGAUUGAACACUGAGGACUUGGUGCUAGAAGGCAGAAUAGGCUGUAUUCAUAGAGGAAUACUGGGACACAAGAUCUAUUUGUGCCAUUGUGACCGACUCUAAACCAUGUCACUCGAAGUCUUUAACAACUGAUGGGGGAAUUGUAGAUCAAUGUUUAUUUCGGGAAGUACUAUCUAACCCAGCUGGUGGUUUUGAACAUGUGGGAGGUGGUUGCAUUUCAUUCUGCCUAAGGUUCUCUUCCUAACGAGGCUUUCAAGAUAUCUGAUCGCUUGAAGGAAACCGUUUCCCACUAAGCCUUUUUCAUCACAUCGAAUCUAUUAUCACGAAAGAAAAAGGUGGUUGGCCUGCAAUACAUGACGGGUUUCAAGACACUAUCAAUACAUAUAUUAGUUAUUCAUACGGAACGUUAAUAAGAUAUUUGCAUUUGUCUAGUAUAUAUUUGAGAGAAAUUAGUAAGGCGAAGAGCAAAGUGAAUACAAUAAUGAUGAAUAGCAGCGGAAAACUAAAUAUUAUAAAUGUAGCUCAAAAAUGAUAGGGAUUACAAGGUAAAACUGUUACCAAUAAAGAAAGGAUAGAUAUUGGAAAUAACUGUGAUAUCAUGAGCCUAUCUAAGGUUUGAGAGUCAGUUAUCGCGCUGACACCAGUUAGGAGAUACGGACUUCGCAAUGCGACAUACACUAAAAGUCAAUUACUUUUCGUUUUGAUUUGGCUACCCCUAUUUGAUUUCCAACCUAACUACUAGUAGAGGGCACAACCUAAACAAAACCGAACGUGUUACAUAAACUGGGUAGGAUAAUGAAAGUCUAUUUCGGACAUCAGUAGAUUUAUACUCUGAUAGCUAUCACGUGUAUUACACAAAUUGUUUUAGAAAAUGAACACAACAACCGCUUUGUUUUGAAAUGCUGAGGAAACUUAGAUUUACUUUUUCACAUAAUCCAGACACACUUCACCAGGAUUUUAUUUACACCUCUGAGAAAGUUCGAGUGACUUUCAUCUGACUGAAGUUCACCCAGAAGUACUCUAUAUGAGAUAGGUUCGCACUUAAAGACGGAGGAGCAUAGAAGUUUAAUGAAAGCUACUUAUAAUUGUUUUUUGAAGCCCACCCUACCUAGGGAAGUAUAGAUUUGGGAAGAUUGUUAGCUGGGGUCGCAGCCAACUCAGAUUGCUCGACCGAUACUAAGUUUUUCUUGCCAUUGAUUGAAAUGGUCUUGAACAACUGGUGGGUACCGGAUGCAACUGUCACCAACUCGAGUACCAGGUUCGAAAGUCCUUGAGUAGGCUUGAUGAAAUUUUUCAUGUAGGUGUACUCAAACGGCACACAGUACUAUGUUUGAAACAGAAUUACUCGACAACUGGAAAGCGAAUUUAGUACGUAGACUAGAGGAUAGGUUGGAAAUAAUUAAAUGCUCGAAAAGUAGCCAAAAAAGUGACAAUGUUGUGAAGAAACACGAAGAAAGUUACCAGUUGCGCACAUGACUUUCAUGAUGCUGAGGGGUAGGGAGGGGUACGAAUUUACUUUGCAUACCGACUAUUAUGGGGAUGUACUCUAUUGUCUUGUGUGUUAAAUAUUCAAGUUAAAUGUUCAGGGGAGUGGUAUUUCCUCAAGAAAGGUAUAUGCUUCGGUUUGAGUGUAUAAACAGUGGAAAGUCAGUACUAGUAAAAAAGUAACUGCAAUCUGAGAUGGCAGAGACGGUUGUUGCUAUCCGAUAUGCGCAUUUAGGUGCUCAGCUAGCACAGCCAAAACUAUCAGAGUCCUUCAGUAUUUGUCAGGACUCAAACUUGAUUGCUUCUGGACUUAAAGGGUAGCAGAACACGAGUGAGGACAUGGUCACUUAGUUUUGCUUAAUACACGGCUUUUUGUACAGCAACACCAAUGAGAAUGAAUAUCGAGACCACAAGGUUUUUGAAUGGAUACACAUGAAAACUGGUCGAACUGACAAACAGAAAACAAACUUCUACUGCUUCGUCGGAAUUUGUAUAGUGGUCAGUCAGUCAUUUACAAUUGUAACCGUUGUUGUUCAAACUACGACCCUGCUGUUUGAACGGAAACCAAUAGUUUUUCUCAGGGAACACUACUAGAUUUUUUAAUUCACAGGUCUGAUCCCGGAUCUAGUGAAUCAACGCUACAAAACAUUCUUAUUAUAGCUUGUGGCAACAGUAAGCUUAUAUGCCAACAAACCUAGUGGUGGUACCACGUGACUAAUUUAAAUAAAGUUAGUGCUAUAGUACGAACUAUGCAGCUGGAUACAUGAUGA